UGUGUGAUGCGUUUUUGUUGUUGUCGUCGUUUUGUAAUUUUGCGACAGUUACGUUUGUGAUUUUUUUCCCACUUGAUUUAAUUUGAUUUUUUCUUCAUCCAAACAUUUAUGUCCUAUGAUACAUUUGUUCAUCUUAUCGCCGGAGGACUUGGCGGUACAUUUGGUGCCAUUGCAACCUGUCCAUUAGAGGUGGUUAAAACUCGUCUACAAUCAUCUGUUUCUAAUUUUGAUGAUGAUUUUUUUAAAAUUAAUUCAAAAACAACAACAUCGGUAACGAUUGGCAAAAAUCGUAAUAUGACUAUAUGGAAUUGUUUAAAACAUAUAAUCAAUACUGAAGGUCCACGUGCUAUAUUCAAAGGUCUUGGACCAAAUAUUAUUGGUGUUGCACCGUCCAGAGCUAUUUAUUUUUGUACUUAUUCACAAGUAAAAUCAUGGUGUAAUCAAAGAAUAACACCGGAAACGCCUUAUGUUCAUAUGAUAUCAUCGGCAAGCGGUGGAUUUAUAACCUGUACAUUAACAAAUCCAAUAUGGUUUAUUAAAACACGAAUGCAAUUAGAUAAAAGUCUUCGAGGAAUGUCGGCAUGGAGUUUCAUCAAAAAUAUAUACAAUCGAAACGGUAUAACUGGUUUCUAUAAAGGAAUAACGGCCAGUUAUUUUGGUAUCAGUGAAACUAUCAUAUAUUUUGUGAUAUAUGAAUUUAUUAAAUCAAAAUGGUUUCAUUCAAAUUCAUCAAUCCAAAUAUCAUCAUCAUCAUCACCAUCAUCAUUAUCAAUAGAUUUUUCUAAAAAUGAAUCAACAUUAAAUAAUGCCGCUAUUAAUUCAACAAACGUACAAACAAAUCGUUCACAAAUGACAAAUUUUUUCUAUUUUAUGGGCACGGCAGCCAUUUCCAAAGCGAUUGCAUCAAUACUUGCCUAUCCACAUGAAGUUGCAAGAACUCGUCUACGAGAAGAAGGUGAUAGAUAUAAAAAAUUUUUUCCAACAAUUAUUCUAGUAUAUAAAGAGGAAGGAAUACGUAAAGGAAUUUAUCGUGGCCUUGGAACACAAUUAAUUCGUCAAAUACCGAAUACAGCAAUCAUGAUGGGCACAUAUGAAUUGACCGUAUAUUUUUUAAAAAAUCCACCAUCAUGUUUACGAACCGAUACAACUAGUCUAGUCUGAUAAUCAUUGAUUUUUUUUUCUCGUUAUAUUUUUACAACAAAAAAAUCGAAGAAAAAAAAUGAACUUUAUUUUUUGUGACUAUUUAGUUUUGUUUGAUUUUUUUUCUCCAUUGAAUCGUCGAUUCAAUUUUCGUUGGAAUAUCUUU